ACAGCUAAAAUAAGAGUUCCAAAAUACUCUCUUGUGCCGGAAAUUACUACUUGUGUGUAAUCAAUGGGGAAGAAAAAGUUCAUCGACAAGAAGAAAGCAGCUACAUUCCAGUUAUUCGCCCGCGAUUCCUCGGAUCCGGUUUACGAAUCCGGACCCUCCGCCGCCACAGACAGAGUAUUCGUCAGAGUUGACAACAAUAACUACUCAAUCGAAAGCUUUGACGCCGAUGAACAUAACGGCGAUGACCCGAACUCAAUCUUCGCGGAUGCUCCGGAAGAUGAAGAUGGUUGGGCCGAAUUUUCGGGUACCCGAACUCAAUUACCGGAUGAUGUUAGAAAGGAGAUAUUGGAACUUGGGUUCCCUGACGAUGGGUAUAAUUAUUUAACUCACUUGAGGGAGAUUAAGAAUACUGGUGGCGGCUCUGCUUAUUAUGAGAAUCCUAAAGCUAAGCUUAAUGAGCUUCCACAUGAUGUUAAGGCAUAUGAUGCUUCAAAAGUCGAGGUUGCGAAAGUGAACGAUGAUUACAAUGAGAAGACUGUAUACAAUGUGGCAGCUAAGACAGUAGGGAUAAGAGUUCAGAAAGCAUUGGAUCCUGAAGUUGCCGCCUUGCUCGAUGACAGUGAUUUGUCACAUAUUGGGUCUGAUGUGGAGGAUUUAGAAUUAGAGGAAGAUUUUAUGAUUAAGGCAAACAUACACGAUGGGGCAGUUAAUGUGGAACUUGAUAACAAUUUAAGCUUGCCAGAGAAAUCGAACCUUGACAAAGUAGGACGCAAUGAUACAGCUGGGCAUGUGCAGAGAAAUGAGGGCAAAAUUGCAAAUUUUGAAGAGAAGCCAAGAGCACGCCGCCUUCUGGAUGAACAGUUUGAUCUGCUUGAACUUCAAGAGUAUGGCUCAAAUACCGAAGAUGAAUAUGAUGAUGAUAUGAUUGAGGAAAAUGAGUGUCAAGAGUCCCUUGCAGAAAAGCUUAAUCAUGCAUUUAAGGAGUGUGCCAUUGAUGGCAUUGAACUUAAUAAUAAUAGACCAGAUGAUGGGGAGUUGCUUGAACCUGCAGCUGAUGUCAUAAGCCGGUGCAAAGAAUAUGCUGAAAAGUAUGAAAUUGAAGGUCCAGAGGAAGAGGCAGCUGUUUUAGAUGAAAGCAGCAGUGACUCAGAAGUAUGGGAUUGUGAAACUAUAGUGUCAACGUAUUCAAAUCUUGAUAACCACCCUGGAAAAAUUGUAGCUCCUGGAGCGAGGAGAAAAAAGUUGCUCCCUGCUAUUUCUGAAGCCUCACCCAUAAUUUCCUUAAAAGGAAAAGAGAAGCUUCCGGUCGACUAUUUGCCAAGCAAGGGUAAGCAUGCCGUGCAAAAGGAGGAUAAGAAAAAGCAAGGGUCAGAAAAGGAGGAAAAGGAUAACUCAAAGUCAGAACAACUCAAAAGAAAGCAACAUGGUGAAGAGUCAAAGGAGGAAAAGAAAGAAAGAAAGGCUGCUGUGAAGGAAGAACGACGUGAGGCACGCCGUAUGAAAAAAGAAAUGAAGGGGCUUUAUAAGUGUGAAUCACAGCGUGCUCAGAAGGUUGCUGCUUUUACUGGUCCAUCUUCCAUACAUCUCAUGUGACAUUGUUUUGCUUCUGUUCUUCAAAGUCAGGCCUUAGGAGCUGUAGUUGAUCCUCUUUUGUGCCCAAAAUACGAGCUUUUGGUUGACUCAUCCUCUUCAAUUAGACGAUAUUUGAAAGCUUUUAUCCUCUUAGAUGGUAUAUAAUACACGAUAGAUCUUCAAUACAGUUCUCAGCUACGUAAAUGGAUGUGCGUGGCCAAGCAGAGUUGCAGCUCGAUGCAAGUUUUUGUUUAUUUAUUAAUGGAAUAUGCAGGAGUGUUGACAUUCUAGAUAGCCUGCUUACAGUUUAUGAUGUUAUUGGAGUUUUAACGUUCUCAUUAGUUUGGAAAAUUUGUGCCUCCCGUUUGUUUAAAAUGAGAAUCAUUUCUGUAAAGUUUAUGAUUGUGUAAUGGAAUUGGAUCCUUGGAAUUCCAUAUAAAAGUACUGGAUAAUUUUAUAUUA